UUCUAUACCUGAUGAAAAAGAUUUGUUAACUGUCCGAAAUAAUUUGGAAAUGGCCGAAAAUUGUGAGAAAGACAAACCUUUUGCACAAAUUCAAGAUCAACUUAAAAGUGUUCAAAUAACUUUAGAAGCUCGUUUAGACACUUUAUUACAACAUUGGAAUUUGGAACAAAAACUUACUUUUUUACAAAAUCAUCGUGUUAGGGAAGAGCAGCAAAAGGCAACACAACGCCCUGUUGUGUUGAGAAAGAGAAGAAGACAAGUUAAAGCUACUGCAAAUUGGAAAAGUUUUUGUUAUUAUUUCGCUCAAAACCAUUCUCGUGCAGAUUUAAUAUGGAAUGAAAAAACUCGAGACGAAUUUCGACAAGCUAUUGCUAAUGAAAUGCGUUUAUUACAACAUGAAUUAGAAUUUGUACAAUCAGAAACUGAAAUAGCUUGGAAUCAUUCUGAAUUUUUGAUUAAUUACAAUUCUUUGUCUGAUGAAGUUAGAAUUGGUGAAUAUUAUUUAAGAUUUUUAUUAUCUGAAGAAAAUAAUGUAGAGACGGCUACGCCUAUUCAUAGACCUCAAGAAUUUUUCAACAACAUUUACCAUCGUUUUUUGCUUGCCCAACGAAAUGAAAUGCGUUGUAUAUGUUUACGUGCAAUGGCUAUUGUUUAUGAACGUCAUUGUAUAAGUAUAGGGCCUUUUAGUGAUACUUAUUAUAUUGUUCAUAUGUUGGCAAAAUGUAUUAAUUUGGCUGAAAGAGAUCAUUUAAUUUAUUUAAUAAGCAAGUUAGCUCUAGAUAAGCAAAAUGUUCGUGAUUUAAUUGCGGCUGAUUCUCUUCCCCUUCUAAUUGAUAUUGCUGUAUUAGCACAUUUACAUACUAAUAGAGCUAAAUUACAUGCACAAACAAAUGUUAUUGAAGCACCAAAAGGAACAAUAGAUUCUGAAGAAAGUGCUCCUAAGGAAUGGUAUUAUAAUGAUAAACAAGGACAAAGGAAUGGGCCUUAUUCAUUUCGCAAGAUUAAACAAUUAUUUUGUGAUGGAACAUUAUUCGAGAAAAGUGAAAUUUGGGCUGAAGGUUUGGAUAAAUGGUGUUAUCUGUCAUCGGUCGCACAAUUCCGUUGGACUAUCUGUUGUAAUCAACAUUCUUUAAUUGGUCAAACAUCUUCAAUUAAGUCGGAUGAGAACGAGAAAUCUAAAGAUAUCGAUUUAUUACCAGUAGCUUUGUAUAAUCCAACAGAUUUGUGUUCAUUAAUUCUUGAUACAUUAAUACAAAUGUGUUCAUUCUUUCCUUCAAGAGAUGAGACUGGAGCUAUUAUAAGACCUUUACCUAAAGUAAAGAAAAUUCUUUCGGAGCCAGUUUUGUUAUAUCAAUUAGUUCAACUUUUGUUGACAUAUGAUCCAGCGAUUGUUCAAAGAAUAGGAACUCUUGUUCAUUUAAUUAUGGAAGAUAAUAAUGCAUUGUCUCGUCUAUACCUCUCUGGCAUUUUCUUUUUUAUUUUAAUGUAUAAUGGAUCAAAUAUAUUACCUAUUGCACAUUUUCUUAAAUAUGCACACUUAAAACAAGCUUUUCGAUCAACACUUUCUGCUUCAGAAUUAGCUUCCCGUUCUGUUUUAUGUCCAAUGCUACCUGAAGCAAAUAUUUUUUAUUUGGAGCAAUACGGUGCUGAAAAAUAUGCUGAAGUUUUUCUGGGAGAAUCACAAAAUCCAGAAUGUAUUUGGAAUAGCGAUAUGAGAAAACACAUGAUUAACAAAAUUGCUCUUCACGUUGCUGACUUUUCUAAUCGUCUUUCUUCAAACGUUAAAGCUUUAUAUAGGUAUUGCCCUAUUCCUCCAAUAGAAUAUGAUCAAUUAAAGGAAGAGCUUUUUUGUCAUUUUUAUUAUCUUCGCCAUUUAAUUGAUGAAAAACGUUUCCCAUUAUGGCCAAUAAGAGAACCUGUCGAAUUUUUACGUUCUUGUCUCUCUGCAUGGCAAAAUGAGAUAACUAGAAAACCUACAAAAAUGUCUAAUGAACAGGCUUGUGAACGGUUAGGCUUAGAUAUAAAAGACAAAUCAAGUUGGAGCGAUCCUGUAGCUGUUCGCCGUGCAUAUUUUAAAUUAGCACAAAAAUAUCAUCCAGACAAAAAUCCUGAUGGAAGAGAACAAUUUGAACAAAUAAAUUAUGCUUAUGAAUUUUUAACUUCAACAUUGGCGCGUGCAAGUUUAUCACAAGAACCGGAUAUUAAUAGAAUUAUUGUAAUAAUUAAAGCGCAAAGUAUUACUUACAAAAGGAAUUUGAAAGUUUUGUCACCUUAUAAAUAUGCUGGAUAUACCCAAUUAAUUAAAACUAUUGAUUUGGAGUCGGCAGAUGAUGCUUUAUUUUCAAAUCAGAAGGGAGGUGAAAGUGGACAAUUAUUAAUAUCUGCUGUAGAACUUUGUUAUUGGACUUUGAAAAGUUCUCCUUUAAAUGCUGAACAAUUGAGAAGAGAUGGUGGAUUGGAGGCUUUAUACAAAACAUUCUGUCGUUGUGUUCCAAUGAUUACAUCAAGCUGCAAUGAUAAUAGUAUGGCUGUCAAAGUAUGCCUACACGUUUGUAAUUGUUUUGGUGCUGCUGCAAAUUUUGAGGCUUGUCGUGAAAAAAUUGCGGAAAUGAAGGCUUUGUUUAAAGGAAUUUGUCAAUUACUUAAAUUUGAACAUUUAACCCGUCUUUCCUGUGCUGCAGCAGAUUGUGUAUGUUCUCUUUCUGUUUGUACACUUUUACAAACUCAAAUGUUUCAAGCCGGAAUUAUUUGGCAAUUAAUGCCUCAUUUGUUUCGGUUUGAUUGGACAUUGGAUGAAGGAGGUGUUGCUCAUUCCGAAAAAACUAACCAGCAAUCCACUUUAAACCGUCUAGCUCGAAGUUGUUGUGAGGCUUUGGCUUGUUUAGCUGGUUAUCGUCCAAAUACUCCAGACAAUGAUGGAGUACAAAAUAGUCUUCGUGCAAUGCUUACACCUUAUAUCUGUCGUCAAAUGCAAUUAGCAUCUUGUUCACUUGCAGUUAAUUUAAAUCAAUCAGAUGAGGAGAAGGAAGAGCAAGAAGAGUUACAAAAAGAAGAAAUUAAAAAAUCAAAAAAUAAUUCAGUUAUAGAAAAUGGAAAAAUUGUUUUAAAUAAUGGAAAGCAGAAUACUUGCCAACCAAAUUCUGUUGAUGAUGAUGCUUGUUUAGCAGAUGAUAUCUCUGUUACAAAACCUCCAAUUCAAUAUAGAAAUGAUUUUGUACUUAAAUUAUUAAAUUCAAAUACUUUUGAUCCUUACCUUAUUUGGGAUAAUUCUACUAGAGCCGAACUUUUAGAUUUUGUUGAACUUCAUAGAAAUUCUAAUGAUAACUUGAGUGAACUAUUUGGAGCUGAAUUUAGAUUAAGCAUUUAUGCAAGUGAAUUUGUUGUUGGAGAAAUUUUUGAACCAAAAAGAACGUGUAUGGAUUUACUUGAUUAUUUAUCUAAACAUUCUGAACAGCUUUAUCAACAACAAGGUUUACUUGCACAACAACAAAAACAACAGCUUUUACCAAAAACAACACAAAAUCAAAAACCUUCCACAUCAGCUUUACAUAAUAAACAACAACAACAUAAAUUGAGUGUUGGGAAUGCUGGGAAAAAUGUUAAAACGGCAAAGCAUCACAAUAAUGAAGUGGAUGAUUUAAUUGAUUUAACAACUGAAUUUGUUGUUGAAGAAGAAUUGCCUGUUACAGAAUGGGGAGAAUUUCAAACAGGAGUUGAAUGUCAUUCUUCUAAUCAAAAACAUCUAUAUAAUGCUUCAAAUGAUCAUAGGUUUAUUUUUAAUAUAUUUUUGAGUGGAGAUGUUAGUCUCUAA